AGGUGUAGGUGGGUGGGAUAUAAAUACCUGCAGUAGACCAAAGCAGAAAAAUGCCGAGGGUAUGACUUCCACGCAUCGCUGCUGUUGAAUAAAGACAGCAAGAGGCCUCUGUAGUCGAGAACCACAUCUCAGCAGCUCCAGCAGAGAUUUUAACUUGAAGCUAAAGUUCUUCACUGUUCAUCUGCAAAGGUUUUGUGUGAGGGGUAGAGUUGUGCCUGAAACUGUGAAGGGUUCUGACGGAGAUUCCCCAGAGCCUGAAGAGAGACGUAUGCUUGACUGAGCCAGAGAGAAAAGGACAAGAUAAGAAGACAAUCCUGAGGGUGUAAGACGACUAGUCGCAGCCAGAGAAAGACAGCAGAGCAAGAGGAGGCCGAAGGAGACAAGGCAAAAAGACACGAGGCACAAAAAAGCUGACAUCACAAGAAACACACAGAAGCAGACAGAUCUCAAGAAUGCAAGGAUAAAAAAAAAAAGCUAAAUAUAAAAACAAGCAAAAAUGGAAAAGACCAAAUAGUUAAAAAGACUGUAAAUUUGUUGGAAGACUAACAUCAGUGUACAUUUGGAACUGCUUGAGUGAUCCAGAAAAAAAAAAUGGCAUGCCAGGCAUUUGGUCCUGACUCUUUCACCUCACUGGCAGCAGAUGCGUCUCUGCCGAUCCUCAUGCACCACGGCUCGACCACCGACUGCCUGCCAACCACCUCGCACGCUCACAGCAUGGUCUCUGCAGUAUCGUCGGGGCUGUCCUUGGGUCAGACGUCCAAGCGCUCCCACAUGCACCUGUCCACUUCGUCCCUUGGAAACGCUCUGGGUAAUGCACCCCCAAGUUUGCAUUACCCAGUUACCCCAUGUCACUACAGCAACCAGCAAACAACCUACGGCAUGAUGGCAGCGCAGGAGAUGCUCUCCGCCAGUAUAUCUCAGACUCGUAUCCUGCAGACCUGUGGCGUCCCUCACCCUAACAUGGUGAGUGCUGCAAACCCAUUACAAGGGUCGCUGACUCCAUGCAUAUACAAGUUUCCAGAUCACGGGCUGAGCAGCAGCUCCUGUGCGUUAGGCCACGGCUUCUCGUCGCUGCCCUCUGCCCUCCUGUCGCCUGAUGAGGCCUCCGGGGGCCCCGGUGGAGAGCUGAAAACCGAUGCCCAAAGGAAGAGCAUGCGGGAAGCAGAGGAUGUGCCCAUCAUGGAUUCUCCACAGAUACGAGAACUGGAAAUGUUUGCAAACGACUUCAAAAUACGCAGGAUCAAACUUGCCUGGGAGCUAAGGAGGCCCUGGAGAGAAGCUUUGUUGAGAAAAGUAAGCCAUCCUCUCAGGAAAUAACCCGGAUCGCUAAAGGCCUCCAUCUGGAGAAGGAGGUGGUCCGAGUCUGGUUCUGCAACAGACGCCAACGGGAGAAACGRGUCAAAACAAGCCUCAGCCUAAGUUCCUGUUUGACCAAAAUCAGCCCAAACUGCAUCACACAGAUGAAUAAAACACAAAGACCACUGACAUAAAGCAACAUGACAAAAAUAAUUCCACUCCUCAGUAGAAUAGCAGAAUAAUUUUUUCUUUAAAGGUGGCUGUGAAUGUAAAUCAAAAUAAGAUUUACUGUGUUUGGAUUGUUACCUCUUUUACUGAAAAUGACUUUUUUCCCCAGUAUUUAAACUUCAGCUUUGUCGUGAGCAGAAAUGUCAAAGAAAAAAAAAACCUUUUUUUUCUUGUUUAAAGUUGUGUGAAUCUUUCAAAACAAAAGGAGCAGCAGUCCUGACAUUUAAAAUGUGCUGAAUCUCACCUGCAUUGUUUGCUUUCAUGUCUAUUAAGCACACAGACCAAAUGUAAUUUCACCCAUAAGCACCAGAAUAAGAUCAGCUUUGAGCCUUUCCAGAUACCAGCAUCAGACACGCUGUCCUUCAGCUUGUUUGUUUUUACUUGGAAAAAACGUGGACUUUUUGUUUAUGAAGUUAUUAUUUUAUUUUUCACAUUUAAUAACUAUUUUCUUUCUAGGACUGUCCAGUUUUUGAUUCACUGUUUAAUGAUGUCAUGAUGUGAGAAUGUAUUUAUUUAUUUUAGCCGUAGUAUAAAAAAGGUUAUUUAUUUCAAAUUUGACAUCUAUUUAUUUGAAAACUAAUAUAUUGUUUUGAUGUUUUGUUUGCUUAUUUUUAUCGAAGUCAGAGACGUGAAACUUUGACAGCAAACAGAUUUGCGGUCGUGAUGUUUUUUUCUUAUUUGUGUUGUCACCCUGAUAAAGUGUCGUAGAAAAAGGAACAUAAACCUGUUAAGACUCAGACAUCGAUGUGAUGAUUGAUGGAAAACGUCUUAGUAAAAAAAAAAAGAGGGAGACAAGUGAAAUCAUAACAGAAACUGGCCCUUAUUUUACUGUGCGAACAAGUGCCAACAACUGGAAGAGACUGAAAUGAAUCAACUUAAUAAAAAUGUUAUAAAAUGUCAGACAGAAUGAGAUGAAGACUCUUUAUUCAUGCCAAAGUUGUAUUUAUGUGGUUUAAAAUGCACUUCAGCUCAUCUGUUAUAAUAAAGUCUGACUGGUUUCGGGCAGAAGAAGUUACAUCAGUUCAAACAGUWAAUUGAGUUUUAUGAACUUCCACACUGGUGCCAACUUUCAUUUUUACAACUAUUUCAGUAAAUCAAUAUAUACAUUAGGACAGAGGGGGUGGGCAUUUUUAAAUAAACUAGCAGACACUUUCAUUCAGGAACAAGUUGUUUCAACAGGGACUUAUGUCUGGUUGWUUAACUUAAGUGCUGUCAGGAGAAAUGAAGGGGAAAAUCUACUUAAAUACAAUGUGAACGUUAAAGCAGGAAGCCUACACGUAAACAUAUUUUUUAACAAAAUGCAAAGAAUACAUAAACCUGGAGCAAUACAGUAAAUUUUAAUGUGUUGCAGAUUUAAAUACAAUCUGUUUACUAUAGUUGUUUUAGCUAAACUAAAAGGAUUUUAUCAUCCUUUUCAAUAUUUUAAAUAUUUUGUAUUCCUGUACCCUCUUAGUCACCUAUAAAUUACACUCAGCAGAUUUACUUAUUUUUAACAGACUCAAAUGAUAA